AUUUAAGAUAAUAUAAAUAUGUACAAAAACUCAAGACCAAGACCUAUCAACCUCCUAUCAGUGGAGCCUACCUUUAAGAGGAUGGCUACUAUGAAGCCAGAGUGAAAGUCUCCAGUCCCAAAGAUCACCCAAUCUUUAUUCACGAAUUGCGUCAAACAGAAGGGAAUCAAUAAUAUGAAAAUAUUUGACGCGAACAAUGACGAGGGUGUCCCCAAACACUGGGAUGAUAAGUUCAAAUCUUUUAUCAACGAGAACUCUCAUUGAGGAACUCCAUUUUUGUCAAGUUUUAAUAAAGAGUUUAUAUACCCAGGAGAUUUGACAGACGGCAGAAGCCACUGUGAUACAAUGCUGUUGCCCUCAGGUAGGAAAGUAGCAGCCGAUCCUACUGAGUUUAGAACUAAUACUGAGAAAUCUAAUGCUCCAUCCAGGCUUAGCAUUGCUUCUAAGAAACUUAGCAGAAGGAGGCUGAACUCCUACCAGUGUCCAACCAAGAGCUCUGCAAAUAAGGGAGUCUCUGACGUAGGAGAGCCCUUUCUGUCAGUUAACAAGUGAAACUCCAAAAGCUCCAGCAAGGAAGAUUCGUGACCAAAGGAAAUAGAAGAAGCCAAGAAGGCUAACAUUGUAUUGGAGAAAUGCUUCCAGAUGAAGAACAGAGAAGUAGCUCGUCUCACUAAAAGAAAUCAAGAGUUGGUGAAUAAGAUCUCUAGCCUGGAAAAAGAACUUGAGGAUGUCAAAGAGUCUCUUAGAAAGCAAGAGAGAAUGUGGAUUAAGUCUGUCGAAUCCUCUUCUCCUAAGACUAAUGCAUCAGAGACUUCUCCAAACCAAGAGGAGAGUGCAGUUAUUAAAACUAGAGCGAAAAGAAUAAACUCAGGUGAAAACCCGAGGAUUGGAGUGAACUGUAAGCAAAAUUCUCCAACGCUUUUACGCCAAAAGUACUUUAAAAGGAUAGAAGACUUACAAAAGAAGCAUGAAAAAGAUAUGAAUCUGCUUAGGAAAAGCUUUGCUAAGCAACUAGAGGACCUCACUGAAUUGGCUGCUCAAGCAUCAAAUGAGGCUAUUAGAGCCCAAGAUAAUGCAGCUUUUAAAUGAAAGUCUUUCUUUGAUAUUAUAAUUGAAAAAGAUAUCCUGAUUGAAGAGCUCGAAGACAAAUUAUCAAAAGCCACCCAAGAGUUUAAUGAAAUUGACAGCGAUUCAAAAAUUUACAAACUUAAAUCAUGCAUCAGUGUCUUAAGGACAAAUCUCAAACUACAGCAUAGAGAAAACAAGGAAAUGGAGAGUCUGAAUUCUCGCCUAAAAUCAAAAGUAAUCGAGCUAAAGAAGAAGGUUCUAAAAUUUGAUGUUCCUACUAAACACCUAGGUGCUAGGUUAAAGUCAUUUUAAUAACUUAUUAACUAUUAC